UUUUUUUUACCCUUAUGACAUGGUGAAAGCGUUAUUUAUGGAUAAACAAUGGUUAAAAACUCAAGCGUUUUGUAAACGUUCUGUUGAAUGCACCCAUUUUUAAUAACAACUUGUUGACAUUUGACCGCCCUUGACAUACGUUUGACAUCUUGAAAAUGCCUGCUACUUCACAACAGUUAUCACCUGUUGAAGAACAAGAGAAACUUUUGGACGAUGCGCUCGGUCAAGUCAAAGUUAAUGCAUUUCAAGUGAAACGAUGUCUUGAUAAGGGCAAGCUUAUGGACGCUUUGAAACAUGCCAGCGCAAUGCUUGGCGAAUUACGUACAUCACUAUUAUCACCAAAGAGCUAUUACGAAUUAUACAUGGCCAUAACUGAUGAAUUACGACACAUGGAGUUGUAUUUACUUGAUGAAUUCCAGAAAGGAAGGAAAGUAACAGAUCUCUACGAAUUAGUUCAGUACGCAGGGAAUAUUGUACCUCGACUUUACUUACUCAUCACAGUUGGAUUGGUGUAUAUCAAAUCCAAUUCCGGAUUAAAACGUGACAUUUUAAAUGACCUUGUGGAAAUGUGCCGAGGUGUACAGCAUCCUCUGCGAGGUCUUUUUCUACGUAAUUAUCUAUUGCAAUGUACGCGUAACGUACUGCCCGACUCUCCCGAAAUGGAAAACGAAGACGGCAACGGAAAUGUUCGAGACUCGAUUAAUUUCGUUCUUAUGAAUUUUGCCGAAAUGAAUAAGCUGUGGGUUAGAAUGCAACACCAGGGCCAUUCGAGGGAGAAGCAAAAUCGUGAGAAAGAACGAGAGGAACUGAGAAUUCUUGUUGGCACAAAUUUAGUACGGCUUAGUCAGCUUGAAUCUGUUACGAUGGAGAAGUAUCAGAAAAUUGUGUUACCUGGGAUUUUGGAACAGGUUAGUCAUAAUUACUCUUGCAGCAUGGGAUUAAAUAAGUGUUCAAAAUAUUUUUAAAUGGUAAAACCAAAC